UCAGAUGAACGGAAAGGAAUAACGCGGUGGCAGUUAAGAGAAGUGCCAUGGCAGUGUGCUGGAUCUUGAAUGAGAGUGUGUCCUUCGUGGUUGCUCUCGUGUGGUUGGCAGUAAACGUCUAUCUGUUUGUUGACACGUUCUGCUGGUAUGCUGAAGAGGAGGCUUUCUUUUAUACACGAGUUAUUCUGGGUUCCACAUUGGCAUGGGCCCGGGCAUCUGCCGUGUGCCUGAAUUUUAACUGCAUGCUAAUUCUGUUACCUGUCAGUCGGAACUUCAUUUCACUGGUGAGAGGAACAAGUGUGUGCUGUAGAGGACCAUGGAGAAGACAGCUAGACAAAAACCUCAAGUUCCACAAACUCGUUGCCUAUGGGAUAGCUGUCAAUUCAGUUAUCCACAUUGUGGCACACUUGUUCAACCUGGAACGUUAUCACCUGGGCCAGGCCAAGGAUGCUGAAGGGCUGCUGGCUGCACUUUCCAAACUUGGCCAUGCCCCAAAUGAGAGCUACCUCAACCCAGUCCGCACCUUAUACACGGGCACAACCGCCGAGUUAUUAAUGACAGUCUCGGGAAUUACUGGCCUGGUAAUCUCUCUGGCUUUGAUCCUGAUCAUCACCUCUUCCACUGAGUUCAUCAGACGGUCUUCUUACGAGCUGUUCUGGUACACACACCAUACCUUCAUCUUCUUCUUCAUCAGUCUGGCCAUCCACGGAGGAGGUCGCAUCAUUCGAGGCCAAACUCCAGAGAGUCUACGGCUGCACAAUGUCACCUUCUGCAGAGACCGCUAUGCCGAAUGGCAGGAAGCUGCCUUGUGCCCUGUACCUCAAUUUUCUGGCAAGGAACCUUCGGCCUGGAAAUGGGCUUUGGGUCCUGUGGUCUUGUAUGCAUGUGAAAGAAUAAUUAGGUUCUGGAGAGCUCACCAAGAAGUUGUCAUUACCAAGGUGGUGAGUCACCCAUCUGCAGUUGUGGAGCUUCACAUGAAGAAGCGUGACUUCAAGAUGGCGCCCGGACAGUAUAUCUUCAUCCAGUGCCCAUCCAUCUCGCCCCUGGAGUGGCACCCCUUCACUCUCACCUCUGCUCCCCAGGAGGACUUCUUCAGUGUACACAUCCGAGCCUCAGGAGACUGGACAGAAGCAUUAUUGAAGGCCUUUGGGGCAGAGGGACAGGCUACCAAUGAGCUUUGUAGCAUGCCGAGGUUAGCAGUGGACGGACCCUUUGGAGGCUCUUUGACAGAUGUACUUCACUACCCUGUGAGCGUGUGCAUUGCAGCAGGAAUUGGAGUCACUCCCUUCGCCUCUCUUCUGAAGUCUAUGUGGUAUAAGUGUUGUGAAUCACAGAGCCUGCCUGGGCUGAGCAAGGUAUACUUCUAUUGGAUCUGCCGGGACGCGGGAGCAUUUGAGUGGUUUGCUGACCUGUUGCUUUCACUGGAAACACGGCUGAGUGAGCAGGGAAAGGCUCAUUUACUUAGCUACCAUAUAUAUCUCACUGGCUGGGAUGAAAACCAGGCAAUUCACAUAGCUUUGCACUGGGAUGAAAGUCUGGAUGUGAUUACAGGCUUAAAGCAGAAGACCUUCUAUGGGCGGCCCAAUUGGAAUGAUGAGUUCAAGAAGAUUGCCUACAAUCACCCCAGCAGCAGCAUUGGCGUGUUCUUCUGUGGACCCCAAGCCAUGUCAAAGACUCUCCAAAAGAUGUGCCGUUUGUACUCAUCUGCGGAUCCGAGGGGCGUUCAUUUCUAUUACAACAAGGAAAACUUCUAG